CCCGCCGCCGCCGCGAGGGCAGGAAAAAGAGCCGGCGCGCAGGAGGGCGCCGCCGCCAUCUGCCUCUCCCAAAAUGGCGCCGCCGCCGCCGCCGGAACGCGAAGGGAGGGAGGAAGUGAGGUCAAAGAGCGCGCCGGAAGCCCUCCGCUUCUGAGCCGGUUGGGAGGCUUUGUGGAGAAGCGCCUGCAGCUGGCGCAGGAGCGCUCUCGGAGGCCUGCAGACCAUGGCCUGCCCCGGAGAGGAAGUGACAAACAAGGAGAGCGGGGAGGAGAGCAACACCAUGAACUUAAUGGAGUUCUCGGAUGAGAUCCUUUUGCACAUCUUGAGAUACACUCCAGUGUCAGACCUUGUCUUGAAUGUCCGAAGCGUCUGCCGGAAACUUUCCAUCCUUAGUCUGGACAAAAGCCUCACUCACACUGUGACCCUUCAUAAGGACUAUCAGGUUGACAAACACAAGGUGAAGCAGCUCAUGAGAGAGAUUGGAAAAGAGAUUCAGGAGCUGAACAUGAGUGGUUGCUAUUGGUUGCCUGGCUCCACCAUUGACCAAGUGACCCGCUGCAAGAGCCUGGUGAAGCUGAACUUGUCCGGCUGCCACCUCACCUCCCUCCGCCUCUCAAAGAUGCUGUCUGCCUUGCAGUACCUUCGCUCACUGGCAAUCGAUGUGAACCCAGGCUUUGAUGCCUCCCACUUAAGUAGCGAAUGCAAAGCCACGCUGAGUCGCGUGUUAGAGCUCAAGCAGACACUGUAUACACCCUCCUAUGGGGUGGUCCCUUGCUGCAUCAGCCUUGAGAAGCUACUCCUGUACUUUGAGAUCCUUGACAGAUCGCGGGAGGGUUUAAUUAUUUCUGGCCAGCUGAUGGUGGGCGAGAGCAAUGUGCCCCACUACCAGAAUCUUCGGGUCUUCUAUGCUAGGCUGGCUCCUGGGCCAGUCAACCAGGAGGUGGUGAGGUUGUACUUGGCGGUGCUGAGUGAUCGGACUCCAGAGAAACUUCAUGCCUUCCUCAUUUCUGCCCCUGGUGGGUUUGCACAGAGUUGUGCUGUUAAAAACCUUUUGGACUCCAUGGCCAGGAAUGUGACAUUAGAUGCCUUGCAGCUCCCCAGAUCUUGGAUGAACGGCUCCAGUCUCCUUCAGCAAUUGAAGUUCAGCAACCCUUUCUACUUUAGUUUCAGUCGCUGCAGUUUAUCUGGUGGCCAACUUGUCCAGAGGGUCCUUAAUGGUGGCAGAGACCUCCUCAGCUUAGUUAGCCUGAACCUGAGCGGCUGCAUCCACUGCCUGUCUCCAGACUCCUUGCUGCGGAAAGCGGAAGAUGAUAUUGACAGCAGCAUUGUGGAAACCCUUGUCGCCUCAUGCUGCAACCUGAGGCACCUGAACCUCUCGGCCGCCCACCAUCACAGCUCGGAAGGCUUGGGAAAGCAUUUGUGCCAGCUUCUCGCUCAGCUGAAGUGCCUCCUCUCAUUGGCCUUGCCCGUUUGCUCCAUUGCAGAAGUUAGCAUGGUGCCUGCAGAUAAGCCCUCUGUGCAGCCAGUGACUAACGUGACCUCCCAAAAUUUUGGAAAGAAAGUCCGGAUUGGGGUGCAGACUUACCCCAGGAACUGCCUAGAGCAAGGGAAUUCCAAACACCAGAGCUCUGUGUUUUGGAAUCUCUUGGGAAGCCUUCCAUUCCUGGAGCAGUUGGAGUUGAUUGGGUCCAGCUUUUCCUCAGCUAUGCCAAGGAACGAGCCAGCCAUUCGGAAUGCGCUGCCUCCCUGCAGCCGGGCGCAGCACGUGGGGGAUGCCGAAGUGGCAGCCAUUGGCCAGCUGGCCUUUCUGCAGACCCUCACGUUGGCCCAGUUACCCAAUAUCCUCACGGGCUCUGGGCUUAUUAACAUUGGGGCCCAGUGCCUACAUCUGCAGUCUCUUUCACUCGCCAACCUGGGCAUGAUGGGCAAAGUAAUGUACAUGUCAGCCCUUGUAGACAUGCUGAAGCACUGCAAAUGCCUGCGAGAUCUCAGGCUAGAGCAGCCGUACUUCCAUGCCAGUGCCCAGUUCUUCCAGGCCCUGAGCCACUGUUCCUCCCUCCAGCGCCUUUGCAUCAUCUCCCGAAGCGGGACACUGCAGUCGGAAGCUGUGAUGGCAUUCAUGGCUACUUGCCUUGAGGUUAUCAUGUGCCACAUGUUUACCGGGGAGCCUCUCACCGUCUGCAAGAACCUACAGCAGUCCCUGACACUGAGCUUUCAGGCCGACAGACCUGCAUUGAACAUUGUCAUUUUCCCUCUCCUGCACGAGGACUUGCCGGAGGUCAUCCGAGAUGUCCCCAUGAUGCACUUGGAUGAAAUCACCUUGUUCAAAAGCCGGGUGGCCGAGGAGCCGCCUAACCUGUGGUGGUGAUAACGGCAUAGCAGAGCACGACACUUGGCGUGAGCACCGACCAGCGGCUUCUCCUUGGCCAGGAGUUCCCAUUCUUGAGCCUCGUGGGCUACCUUAUUUAAAGGCUGUGCAACUUUGAUGUCACUUCAGGGCAAGCUUACCAGGAUGCAUAGCAGGCCUGCGGAUCUUGUUUGGGCAAAAUUUGCCCUUGAAAAGCCUAAUAUUUAUUCAUUUUAAUUUCUAGCCCAUCCUAUCCCUGAGGAACCCAGGGUGGGUUGCAAUUGGGAAAUAGUGGAGCCUUCUGGGUAUUUCCUUGCUAUUUAAUACAUGAGUUCUUGUGUAACUUUGUAGUUAAAAGUAAGAGGAAUAUAACUUGAAAUAAUGUGCUUGCUUUCUCCCCCUCCUGUUAUUCCCCCACCCCACUUUUGUGCUUCAAGGAUUAUUCGUUGCUUGACUGUCUUAAGGGACUGUGUUAAGUUAAUGCAAAGGGGUGGACAUGUUUAAACUUUUGUUUAUUUGGGGGAUUGAGGUGUGCUUGUGUCACACAGCCAAUCUCCUACCUGUCCACAUAUCCUGACAGGAAUAGUUCUGCAGCCAGGACCUGAUGUGCUGGAUGCAAACGCAGUUUUCAGUGUUUUAGUCCCUUUGAUGUCCAGAGGUGCCUGUGAGGCUAAUACCCUUGGCUGCAGGAGAGGCCAGCCAGCAGUGCAGUCAGUUGCCAGGCCAAAGCUCCAUAGGAAGUUCCAGUUUGGCCUCAAUGUCCUCCUAGCUUAAAAUGGCCCUGAAGCAGAAUGGCCAGGAAGUAAAACACACCCUCCAGCCACAAUGAAAAGAUUUCUGUGUCUUUCAAAGGUUUCCUUUCCCUUACUAGCUCAGCCUUUUGUUUCACGCAUGGGUGCAGUGCAGCCGGAAGAUCUCCUGCACGAGCCCCAAUGAAAUGGAUGGGUGCCAUGCAAGAAGACUGCUACUGUGUGGUUGUGCAGCGGGCACUCAUUUAACUGGGCCUUGCGCAGGGGAACGUCUCUGAAUAUCCGCAGCACGUCUUGUACAGGCCCUGUGUUAUUGGGCAACAAACGCGUUUCAGGUGCUUAAAAGACAAUUGCACCUUGUAGGAGGAGCUGGCAUUAAGCUCCUCUCUGAAAUUGCUGCUGUGAGCAUAGACCUCCCAUACAACCCCCUACACAAACACACAUACACACGCUUCUUCUUACAGCCCCAAAUCAUCAAUCCUUUCUAACAGCUUUGUGAAAGUAGGCCUUGUUUCUAACAGGUCGGUGGUGACGGAGGUUGUAACUUGGAUUGACACAGGUUUAUUUAAACCUUGCCAAAAUACACCUUUGCCAGGCCCUCCUUCCAGGGGGCACUGCCCACGGUUUUGCCCUUUGGAUAACCUGGGGCCGGUCCUGCACAGACACACCCCAGGAGCUCCCAGGGUUUGAUCUAGGCCUGCCUGCACCAGCUUUGUCAUCUCUUAAAACACAGGUGGGGGACCUGGUGCCCUCCAGAGGUUGUUGGGUUCCAGCUUCCCAGCAAAGGUCGGGGGGAUGAUGGGAGUCAAAAGGCCAGCAGCAUCUAGAGGGCCAGAGGGUGCCCCACCUCUGUUUCUCGCUUUCCCUGUGGGAGCCACUGCAGUGGCAGCACCACACCACUUGGUGCCUCUCGUGGGUGCAGAUUUAGGUGUCCCCAAAAGACAUGUUUUGCAAGGAGGAGGGCAGAGAGGGAGCAGCCGUGGCUCAGUUUUUUCUUUCUCAGUGACUUCCUUCUGCUACUCUGUGCUUGAAGUCAUGGGCCAGCUUGAGUAUCUGUGGCAGUGUGUCUUUGAAAUGUGAUGCUGGUAUCUAUGUUAAUUGGACGAACAGUGGAUUUUCCUGUCAGUUUGGUAUAUAAACACUUCUGUACACAC